AAACACCAGUCUUUCUUCCUUUUCUCCGUGAAAUUGUAUAGGAAUUGGAUCAUUCAAAUGUCAAAUCUCAAGAACUUGAUCACCUGGCGGUAAUACAUAACGCAUACGAAAUACCUUCAACCGAAUUACCGAAUAAUAAUUGUGUCGAAUCUAACCUGCGUAACUGGUUUACAAAACUGCAAGUUGGAGCAACUUCUGUGUUGUACCAGUACCUACUGGAGCACCAAAAUAUCAUUUCCUCAGAAGUAGAUUCUCAGGUAUAAAAGAAUUGUUCAUUUUUUCUGAAACUAUCAUUUGCAGUCUAAGCUCCACAGCAACAACAACCUUUUAAAAAUGGCAUUCAAACUCGUUGUCCUUUUCGCCACUUUGGCCUACGCUAAUGCCGGUUUCUUAGGAGCCACUUCCUACGCCGCUCCAGCAGCCGUAUCUUAUGCUGCACCAGCUUUGACUGCUGUCCACGCCGCCCCAGUUGCUUCUUCAUACUCCUACUCCAACAGAAUCCAAUCUGCUCCAGUAGCUUAUGCUGCACCAGCUGUAUCUUAUGCCGCACCAGCUGUGACUGCUGUCCAUGCCGCUCCAGUUGCUUCUUCAUACUCCUACACCAACAGAAUCCAAUCCGCUCCAGUUGCUUAUGCUGCUCCAGCCGUAUCUUAUGCCGCACCAGCUGUGACUGCUGUUCAUGCCGCUCCAGUUGCUUCUUCAUACUCCUACACCAACAAAAUCCAAUCCGCUCCAGUAGCUUAUGCUGCCCCAGCCAUCUCAUACGCUGCUCCAGCUGUAACUGCCAUCCACGCUGCUCCAGUUGCCGUCGCUAAAGCCAUCCCAGCUGCCACUUCUUAUGCAUACAACAACAAAAUCUCUCAAUCUGUUUCCUACGCCGCCCCAGUUGCCACCUACGCCGCUGCUGCUCCAGUCAUCAAAUCUUACGCCACUACCUACGCCGCUGCCCCAGCUAUCUCCUACUCUGCACCAGCUCUGACCACUGUUCACGCCGCCCCAGCUCUCUCAUAUGCUUCCCCAGCUCUUUCUUAUGCUGCCCCAGCUGCCUACGCUACUUCAGCAUACUCCUACGGAAGCCCAGCUGCUUACGCCGCUCCUUUGGCUCUUACCCAGAAAUACCAUUUGUAAAUAAAUAUGGAAUGAAUGGUUGGAAAGAAGCUUCUGAUGCUUGGAUGCCUAACUUUUCCACCAAAUUAUUUAUUAAUACAUGAUUGACUGCAAUGUAAAUAAUAAAUUGUAAAUUU